CACAUGGGAUGAACCUUGUUACCCAAAAGCACAGAUGUACAGCCACGACCGACAGUCAGCGAGUCAGUCAUGAUGGAGUCCCUGCAUGUAGCUGUUGCUGUGUUGAGUCUUCUGUCUCUCGGACAGACAGCUCCUACGACCAACUGUGAAAGUCUAACCCAACAAAUUCAGAUGCCUGGGAGGGAUCAGCUGCUCGGAAGAUGGAACUACAUAGCAGAGAGCACGGACAUGCGCGGAUCCAAAGAGUUGUUGGAGAUGUCGAGGGGGACCGUCUGGUUGAAUUAUGUCGCUGCUACUGAGGAAAAUAUGAUUGGUUCUAUGCACCUAAAAACGUUUGGUCAAUGCUUCUCUAUGACAUUUAACUCAACGCUGGAAAACAACACUCUUACUUUAACCUACCCGUACUCCUCGACUGGCUUCCACCUGAAAACAGGCUGUCCUGACUGCCUGGUUAUGUACUCCAACAUAACGUUUGGAAGAAGCUCAUACAGAGGUGUACAGCUUCUGAGUAGGAGACUGAAGGUUUCUGCUGCUGAGCUGGAGGAGUACAAGAAGCAGGUGAAGUGUUUGAACUUACCAGAAGCUGCCAUUCUGAACUCAGAGCAAGGUUUCUGCCCAGAUCCGUCUCUCUCCAAAGACUCGAAGAGCUUCGACUUGACCAGCUUCAUGGGUGCCGACGACACGACCAUGAUCGAUGAGAUUUUCCAAAGUGGCGCAGCAGUAAAGACCUUUUCUGAAGUUUUCUCACAACUCUCCAGCGCUUUAGUAGAAGCGGUGAAUAAUUAGCAUGUAUGGGAAUUAUAUUUCACCAUAAUAAAAAAUGGAGAACAAAAA